GAGUGGCUGGGCCUGGGAGACUCCAUGCGGGGGCCAUGGACAGAGCAGCGCUCCUGGGACUGUCCCGCCUGUGCGCGCUGUGGGCAGCCCUGCUCACGCUGUUCCCCUGCGGAGCCCAAGGAAACUGGAUGUGGUUGGGCAUCGCCUCCUUUGGGGUUCCGGAGAAGCUGGGCUGCGCCAGCUUGCCGCUGAACAGCCGCCAGAAGGAGCUGUGCAAGAGGAAACCGUACCUGCUGCCGAGCAUCUGCGAGGGCGCCCGUCUGGGCAUUCAGGAGUGCAGGAGCCAGUUCAGAUACGAGAGAUGGAACUGCCUGGCGGCCGCCGCCGCCCCGCCUGACACCAGCCCUCUCUUUGGCUACGAACUGAGCAGCGGCACCAAGGAAACAGCAUUUAUUUAUGCUGUGAUGGCUGCAGGCCUGGUGCAUUCUGUGACCAGGUCAUGCAGUGCAGGCAACAUGACCGAGUGUUCCUGUGACACCACCUUGCAGAACGGCGGCUCAGCAAGUGAAGGCUGGCACUGGGGGGGCUGCUCUGAUGAUGUCCAGUAUGGCAUGUGGUUCAGCAGAAAGUUCCUAGAUUUCCCCAUCAGAAACACCACGGGAAAAGAAAGCAAAGUACUGUUAGCAAUGAACCUUCAUAACAAUGAAGCUGGAAGGCAGGCUGUCGCCAAGUUGAUGUCAUUAGACUGCCGGUGUCACGGAGUUUCUGGCUCCUGUGCUGUGAAAACAUGCUGGAAAACCAUGUCUUCUUUUGAAAAGAUUGGCCGUCUGUUGAAGGAUAAAUAUGAAAACAGUGUCCAAAUCUCAGACAAAAUAAAGAGGAAAAUGCACAGGAGAGAGAAAGAUCAGAGGAAAAUACCGAUCCACAAGGAUGAUCUGCUCUACAUUAAUAAGUCUCCCAAUUACUGUGUAGAGGAUAAGAAACUCGGGAUCCCAGGGACCCAAGGCAGAGAGUGCAACCGCACGUCAGAGGGCGCAGACGGCUGCAACCUCCUCUGCUGCGGCAGGGGCUACAACACCCACGUGGUCAGGCACGUGGAGCGAUGCGAGUGCAAGUUUAUCUGGUGCUGCUACGUCCGCUGCAGGAGGUGUGAAAGCAUGACUGAUGUCCACACUUGCAAGUAACCACUCUAGCCUUGGGCAAGAGUCCCCAGUGACAGACGUACAACGGGAGUGGGUCCCACUGUGCUGGGCUGGGGAGCCUGACACCUGCCUCCUCAGAAUUCCCAGAUCCUCGAGGCUCUCUCAGAAGUCCCUUUACCUGAUCGAUGUCAAUGUCACACACUAGGCAUGUAGAUUUCUUGGGAUUCUAAAACUGAAAAAGUUUGAGUUCAUAUGUUGGUGGUUUAGGGAACAGAUAUUGAGGGCAAGGAAGAUAAACUGUCUCGUAAGCAAGAAAGAACAGGAAAGAGCCUUCAUGCCGAGAGAACUGGUCCAUACUCAGGAUAAGAUCCUUGACUAUGGAACUCGGUUAUGGAACUCAAUAGUGGUGGGUGAAUAUUAGUCAUUUAAAAA